AUGGAAAUCAACUUCAACGGCAAAAAGGCUCUUGUUACCGGCGCUGGUCGUGGAAUUGGCCGUGAAAUAGUGAAAAUCCUGCUGGAAAGCGGUGCCUCUGUGGUAGCUCUCUCUCGAACUCAGGCGAACCUUGACUCGCUCAAGUGGGAGUACCCAGAGGUGGAGUGCGUCUGCGUUGAUUUGAGCAACUGGAAGGAGACGGAGAAGGCACUGCGGCCUUAUGCUGAGUCCAUUGAUCUUCUAGUGAACAAUGCUGCCUACGCCAGAUGCGUUCCACUGGAAGAGGUCACCGAGGAGAUGAUGGACCAGCACUACGCAAUCAACGUGAAAGGCGCCGUGAACGUGACUCGAAUUGUUGUGGAGGGCAUGAAGAAGCGCAAGUACGGCGCCAUUGUCAACAACAGCUCCAUCGCCUCGCUCUUCGGCCUGGUGGACCACCUGGCGUACGGCGCCAGCAAGGGCGCCCUCGACACCAUCACCAAGGUACUGGCCGCCGAGCUGGGCCCCUUCAACAUUCGCGUCAACUCGGUCAACCCGACGGUGACCUGGACGGAGAUGGCCAUGGCCGGCUGGUCGGACGAGGCGAAGCGCACCCGAAUGAUGGACAAAAUUCCGCUGCACCGCUUCGCCGAGCCGAAGGAAGUGGCGCAGACCAUCGUCUUUCUGCUCAGCGACAAGGCUUCCAUGCUCAGUGGCGUCAUUCUGCCAGUGGACGGUGGCCAGACCAACACCUCCUGUCCUCCUUAG